AUGAGCAGCACUCAGGAGCUUAGUACAGCUUGUGCAGAACACAAAGCUGUUUCUAGGAACACUUCUGCCUUAUUGGAGUCUUUUAGCAUGGUGACAUGCUCCUUCUUGAUCCUUGCUGAAGAAAGCUUUCCUGAAACUGUGGAAAAACCUUGUCCACUGACAACAUCCAAGGAUGAUACAGAUAACUACUAGUGUGUGGUGUCCAAUACCCACACUGAUGCCAUCUACACGGUAUCCUUAAUGAUGAGUAAAGAGCCUUUGUGUUGCCUGUAUUCCCUGAGAAAAAAUGAUAUGAAGCAUAUGGGUAUGAAAUAUAUGCUGUGCAUCACCGGUGUGAAUGGGAAAGACCUAGGCACCUACAGUCCUCUUGUGGCUGACAAGAAACCUGUUACGCUGAGAGUGAUAGAACUGAAACCACUGAAAGUGACUGAAAGACAGACAGCAGUGUUUGAAAUCUGCCUGCCAAAGAAAGUGCAAAACUUCACCUAGAAGUUCAAUGGGAAAGAGUUGAAGUGGGACGAUAAGUAUGAAAUUGUCACAUCUGAUGAUGGAUUGGCCCAGACUGUGAAAACUAAGGAUGUUCAGUCCAGUGACUUUAAAGAACUUGGUAUUGGGACUGGAGAUCUAGUGCAGAACACUCCGCUCUUCAUUUAUCAUAAAGGAGCAUCAAGACGUCCUUUCCACACUGGAAGAGCUUGUUGGUAUGUGCCAUUUUUUCUUGCCAACCCCUUCCCCUUUCCCAGGGGUUCCAAUUCAGCAAUUCACACCCAAGUGAAAAAGAAGGGACAAGCCUGCCUGGAGUUUGUGCUGACUUUUGAAGAUGUCACCCUGAAGGCAAUGAAGAAUGGACGAGUGAUUGAGACGUCUCCGAAGUACACCACGAAGCACGAAGGGAAGAAAGCAGAGCUUAUCAUUAAUGCUGCGGAACUGAGUGACUCAGGAGGUUGCACAGCGAUGUAGGCUACGCAAGACAGUGACCCUAAUGAGCAGUACAGCAGUGCCAGCUGCUGGAAGGUGGAAGACAUUUGCAACCAUGAAGAGUACAUGUGUGAUGUCCACACUCUAAUCAGGGAUCCUGCUGAGCUCUUUGUUGUCCUGAAUAAUGCAAAGGUGGAAGGAAUAUGGCUCAAGGAUGGCAAAUAGAUUACGGACAUGAAAAGGAUCUGGAUAGUGAAGCAGGGAGCCAUCCACAAACUCAUCACUGACAGAAUGGGAGAGGAGCGUGAAGGGAGGUAGACGUUCAGAGCCAAGGGGGCAAAGAGCGGAGCAACACUGGAGGUAGCCACCCCAUCUCCUUACUGCUCUUUACCAGAUUCUCCUGUUAUUGAAGAAUCUGUCCUCGAGAUUUUUGCUGGAAAGAGCGUUACUGUGAAGACUAAGCAUACAGCAAGCAUCAAGGUGCCUUUCAAGGCAAAGCCAAUGCCCAAAGUCACAUGGUUCAAAGAUGAUAUUGAAGUGGCAAAGGAAGAGAAAGUAGUGAUGGAGAAAGCCAGUGAUGCGUUACUCACAAUCAAAACCUGUGUGAGAGAAGACAGUGGAGCCAUUAUGCUGAAUCUGAAAAGUCACUGUGGCUCGGCUUCUGACAAUCCUUACCUCAACUUUGUUGACAAACCAAAACCCCCACAGGGGAAAGCAGAGUUUCUGCAACACAUGGGGAAAUGUAAAAUGAAAUGGAAAGCACCCAAAGGCAAUGUAGGAAAGCAGGUGACUCACUUCAUCAUAGAGAGGAGGGUGGCUGGAGAAAAAUUGUGGGUCCAAGUAGGGGUGGUGGAGAGCAACUACACCACAUUUGCUAUCGAGAAGGUGGAGGAAGGGAAAGCCUACUGAUUCAGAAUAUGUGCCAUCAACUCUGAGGGCCUCAUCAAGCCCCUGGAAACAGAAGAAAUUUUUGCUGGAGAACCUGUUAAGCCUCUGAGACAGGUGUGUCAGCCUCAAGUUGUAGAUGUCAGGAAAGAAGCUGUCACCAUCACCUGGAACUCCCCAGCCCAGGAUGGAGGCUCCGCAGUGCAAGGUUAAGUCAUAGAAAAAAGGAAGAAGGGCAGGAAUCUUUGUGUCCCAGUCAUCAAGGAGCCAGUCCAAGGUACCAGAUUCAAAGUGGAUGGUUUUCUGAAGGAUACAGAUGAGUUCCGUGUGAUAGCUAUGAACUGUACAGGCCCUGGAUUUCUCAUCAUGCCCUCAACCUCUCUGUGUCACAGCUCUCCUGCUGUCACUGAGCCUCCAGGACUGCUGAAGGUGGUGGAUUUUUCCAAUUCCAACAUUUCCUUAGCCUGGCAGGAGCCAGACCAGGGAGAUGUGCUGUCAGGAUGCAUACUACAGAUGUGAGCUAAGGACACCAAGAAAUGGACAAAAUGCACCAAGAUCCCUUUUUCUAGUACCACUUACACUGUGGGAGGCUUGCAGGAGAGACAAAUCUACUUCUGAACCCGAGCUGUGAAUGAAGCUGGUGUGGGAGAAGCAGUGGAGUUACAGGAAGGAAUUCUAACAAUGCCACCUGAAGGUAAGACUUGCAUCUCACGCUUUUUCUUUUAUCCCUCACAUAGGUUUGAUCUGACUGUGAGGCUGAAGAGCCACACGGUGGUUUGUGCUGGGACAGCACCUUGCGUUCAUACAUCUUCUCUGUGAGAUUCUGGCUCCCCACCACCACCAGUGAUGUGGCAAAAGGAAGGCAUAUCAACAAGAGGGAGGGCAAGAACCAUUCCCAGCCUUAUCCACAGCACCAAGUGAUUUGUUUCUGACCUGUACCAGAUCAUCCUCAAGAAUAGUUACAGAGAAGCCCUUUACAACAUUCAAACGCAAGUUGCAGAUUUCCAUUGACCACCCACUAAUCUGCAGCUGUUUGAAGAAGUCCUAAACACUGUGACCCUAAAUCGUAGCUCAGAUGUAGAAGAUGACUAGCAGACUGAUUAUGGUGUCCUGAAAUGUUAUGUCAGUACCACCACGUGGUUCACAGCUGCAGAGAAGGUCUACAGCAGUAAGUACACUGUCAUAGGCCUGCUCCCAGGGAGGAAAUACUUUUUCUGAGUCAGUGCCUGCAGUGACACUGGGGACAUGGACCCUCUGGGUUCAUAGGAGCAGUGGUACAUCUCCGAAGACAGAGUUCAAGAUGAGUAUCCCAGGAAGGACUGUGCUUCCCAUUUCAUCACCCAACUGAAGAACAACAACAUGAGUCAUGGCAACAACUCUGCCAUGAGCUGUGCUUUCAUCAGCAACCCCCACCCAACAGUGACCCUGUACAAGGGCAAUAGCAUCACAUCCAAGUCUAAGUUGUGGUUCAACUCAACAAGUAGCAUCUGUCUGGUGACAGCAGCUGCAAGGGUUCGUUGCAAAAAAGAUGAUAAAAGCCUCCUGGACGCAGUGACAGAAAGUUCGCAGAAGUCAAAACACAAGAUGUAAUGAGUGGAACUAGCUCUGCCUGGUCCAGCAUGCAGAACAGCAUUGCUGUGGCUGUGUAGUUUGUCUGUCUUUGUGUGGCUCAAAAUGCAACUGCCCUUGGCUUCUGUAAUGGUCAGUUAAACCAGGUGGUAGAAUGGGGCUUCUGCUCAGCAGGGACACUUCUGAUGUUUCCAUCUUCCUUCCCUCUAAGUGGUUUCGGACAGCAGCGUUCAUGUUAAAGGUGAUGUUUCUAAUACCAUCUGCUAAUGUAUCUUAAUGGUAAUAAAAGGAGCCAAAGAUUGCAGUUCUC